UACUCAUCACCACAACUAUGAAAAUGUUUGGCCAUGGUAUCCGCGGUAUGUUAGUAUCACUUACAUUAUGCGUUUCUUGAAUACCUGCUCUUGCGGAACCGUUUGCAGAGACAUGCUUGUUGGUUCGCGGAGGAGAAAUUGCCAUGCGACAGUCGAACCCGCCAACGUUGCAUAGCUCGACAAGAUGGAAGGUGGCAGAUUAACAGCGGAGUCGCUGUCUUCCGUAGUUCCUCAGUUUAAUUGGGUGUUUUUAGUUGAACUUAUUGUGUGUGGUGUUCUGACUCUUUUCUUCCUCUUUUACUUUAAUCGCCUCUUCGCUACAAUCGUUUCCUAUCCAAUCCGAGCGUAUACCUGGCAUUACUACGGGGUUUAUGUCGAUAUCCAUGCGCUUCAAAUAUCCUUGCUUGGCGGAAGGAUCUUUUUUAAAGGGUUUCGAUAUCACGGAGAGAAUGAGACAAUAUUAGUUCAAUCGGGAUAUUUGACAUGGAAGUACUGGCUUCGGUCUGUACGUAAGGUUGAUCUCUCUCGGAGUAGCGAAGACGGUGCGGAGAGCUCGAGACACCCGGUGGGAGAAUCGGAUUCGGAGGAAAGCACCCGCAGCCCAAGCCCCAGCACCGCUCAACGGGGCGGUUGCACCGCAGCCAAUCGCCUGCCCUGUCGGUUGGAGUUGACCCUGCACGGUCUUGAGUGGUUUGUUUAUAAUAGAAGUGCCGCUUACGAUUCCAUCCUUUCUGGCUUUGGAUAUACUCUGAGGAGGGAGCCUAGUGGCAGCGACAAUGACCAAAACGAUCAUACUGGGAAAAAUAAUGACGACGAAUUGGAGUCUCCUAACAGUGCGCAAACAGGCAAAGGCUCAAUUGAUAGCAAAGAUUCCGCAAAAUCCCCGUCUGGUGUUGGAUCGACACCUUCCGAACGGUCAAAGAUAGCCAAUAACACUCGUAUCCGUUCAUCUCGUAAAGAAUUGCCAUCGCAAGAGUCCCGGAAAUCAUGUUCGUCGAGUUCAACUGAAGAAGUUUCGCGAUCUAAACUUCUGGCUCUCCUUCCCCUGGGGUUGGUUUGCAAUAAAGGGGCAAUGGUUAUGGGGAACGAAAAUACAAAAACAUUUCUGACCGCAAAGUUCGAGAGGGCCUCUGGGCAUAUUGAUGCCAGAAAUUCUGGUCCUCUGGAUAUGUUUAGACAAAUAUUCGAAUUUCGCCUACGCCAUCCUGUAGUUCAAAUGAAACCAAACCCGGAUUUUAAACAAUCUCAACAAGCUGCUGCUAGCGGACUACGAGCAUCAGAUGGAGACCAAGAAUCGGAGCGACAUGAGCAGGGCCUCCACUCGAGAUACCAACGCCACAGGCGUAGGAUAUGGCACAAUCUUCGUGAUCUGAUUCCGUAUUUCCAGAGUUCAGUCGAGUCAUUCCACGUUGGUGCGGGAAAAGACACGCGUGGGGCUAGUUCUGGUUCUCCAACAAAGACCGGAUUGCCAGGGGAAUCUCGUUGGCUUGGUCUCACUCGGUACCUUGACGAAGACGAUCGCGAUGCACAUGAAGGCUGGAGCGCUAUCGAAUAUGGUCGGUUCUCUACAUUAAUCGAUUGUCCAAGCCUGCGCUUCACUUAUUAUUGGGAUAUACCUGGGAAAGUGCCAAGGGGCGGAAUGCAUUCGCGACUUUCAGUUCAUAAACUUUCCAAUGACAUCAAUGGUGCAGAUCCUCCGGAGUGGGGUAUGCACCUAUGUAUCAAGGGUGGAACUAUUAACUACGGCCCCUGGGCGGAUAGGGAACGUGUCGGUAUUCAGACGAUAUUUUUCCCAAAUUUUUACCGAGAUUCACAGCCCUCUCCACCCCUUGAAGCUGAUGCUCCUAGGCAAAGCACCAAAUUCAAAUUAACCAUCAAUAUUGAGCAAGAUACUACCCUGCGAAUUCCUACUAGAGAAGCAUCCAAAGAUUGGUUAUGGAAAGGUCGGGUUGAUGCUGUUGGGGGCGUUUCCAAAUUGAAGGGCCAGAAAGAGAAAAAGCAUCCACGAAAUAAGGACGCUGAAAAAAGCACCCAUGGCCCCGACAUAAGGCCCUUCGGUUGGUUUGCCAUCCGGAUAGCGGCGAAUUCCACCAUCAGAUAUUCAAUGGACAUGGUCGUGUCGAAUACGGGAUACAAAAAUCAACUGGAACUUGAUCUUUGCGGGAGCAGAGUGACAUCUAGUGUAAACCAUGGCCUACUGUGGAGCUCUGGGGCACAAACGAUUUCACUCGACCUGUCGAACCCUUUGAAGUGGAAUAUCCUGCACACCUGGUCCAUUAACGUAUACAGCCAAAACCUCGAGCUUUUCUUAUUACGAGACCACAUUUUCCUCCUCACUGAUUUAGUGAACGACUGGAUUUCGGGGCCUCCCCCCGAUUUCUAUACCUUUGUGCCUUUCCGUUACAAGAUAAACUUUUCCUUUACGAACUUCAAGCUAUUCAUGAACGUCAACGAUUCUAACAUAAUAAACAACCCAUCCGACACUAAUGAUAACACCUUUCUCGUAAUACACAGCGAGCACCUGACCUCUAACCUCACCAUUCCUGUGGAGAAAUAUAGACCAAAAAGCAAUGCUAUAAUAUUCGAUGUUAAUUUGUCAAGUGGAUCAAUCGAGUUGGUGACGCCACUAUGGAACACGCAGCGCGUCUUUCUCCAGGAUAACUCAGUUGCAACGCUCAAGGCCAUGAGCUUGACUGGGAGUUACAAGUAUAAUAUUGAGACAUCGACCGAGCUAACGGAUAGGUUAACACUCGAUAUAGUUGGUGUUUCGCCCAAGCUUUGUCUUUACGGAUUUUUAAUCCGGUACUUUUUAAUGAUAAAGGAGAACUACUUCGGCGAACACCUGCAUUUCAAAACACUAGAGGAAUAUCAGGGCUUGCUUGCUACUACCGACACGCCGGAAGAAAGUAGUGGCGUGGACCCUUCACCGAAAACAAACGACCUUGACAUCUUUGUCCAGAUUCAUGCAGACAGUGGCAGCAUCUUUUUGCCCGCUAAUAUCUAUGACCGCACAAAUUGUGUGAGGAUAGACACUGUAUCCUUUGAUACCGAUUUGAGGUUUACGAAUUAUUACAUGGAUAUGGAAACAUCAUUUGGCCCUGCGGAAUUCGUUAUAGACUCAGCCCAGCCGGACGGUUCCCAUAUUUCUUCAAACACGCAGUUAUUCUUGGAUGGCUUGUCCAUCUACGGUCAUCGCCUUUUCGGGCUGCCGCCUACAGAACCAACUUAUGUCUGCAAUUGGGACUUUCGGGUUGGACAUAUUGCCGGAGAAUGCACUCCUACAUUUCUAAAAUCCGCCGCAUCAGCAAUAAGGUUUCUCGCAUUUUCUUUUGACGAUGAAGAGAAUGCACUACCGCCACUACACCCCGUCGUGAUCCAUGACGUGACAUUUUUGAGAGCCAAAGUCAAUUGUAUACGGAUCUGGGUAUUGGUCGAGGAAUUUGCAAUCCUAUUUAGUUCCGGGGUUGUCGAGCUUGACUUCAAUGAUUGGGCUGACCUGCAGUUUUCUGAGCGUCUUAACCUGAACUUGCCGGACCUUAUUCUCGCUGUAGUAGAUCGAAAUGCUGCUAUUCGAUUGCGACAGCCUUCGCGAGAGACAGUUAAGACCCAUGGUUAUUUCGAAACGUCACUCUUGCUCAAGAUGGUGGAGCGCAAAUCAAACUUUUUCGCUGCCCGUGGGCUUCAACAAGAACACAUCCGCGUGCAUGAUCAGCGGUCCAAUAGGACGCCGUGGCUGCUUCACAGUGAUGAAAAUACAUUCCCCCAUCUUGCUAUGGACACUAGCAACGCUAAAGUCAGUCCUCCAGCCAUACGCCUACCUCUGAUGCCAGAACCGAUUCAGUCGAUUCAUACAUUCUAUCCCGACUCUUCGUCGUCAUCCUCAUUUCCUUACACAACGAGCGGAAAGAGUUCGAUACGUUCCUCUCAAUCUUCCGAAUCAAGGCGUGCGAAUUUCCCACACUUUAACCACGUGCGCCCUACGACGAAUAUACCGAAGAGCAGAAUUCCCGGACCGGCUCCCUAUGACUCUGGUAUUAGGGAUGCAAGAAUUACUUCCAAGAGCCAAAGCGCUCACAGCCCUGAACAAGGAGUGCGAGAGCGGGAUAAGACGCCAAGUUUCAUUAAUGGUAUAUCCAGCCCCUGGGCUAUGCCGUACUUUCAUUUCAAUGGGAUCGAGCCUGAUGUUGCGGAUGUUCCCACUCUCCCCCACGCCGACGCCUUGCCAGAACAAAGGGAAUGGGAUUUGGGUAGUGAUAUUGCAAUUGACUCUAGGCCCAACUAUGAGAAUUCUACCCAAGUCUUUUUCCACUGUAACUUUAAACGCGGCCUACGUGGCUUAGGCUCUCCAGAGGCUCUUUCCGCGGUAUCGUCGCUUUUUGAUGAACUGCAACCUUCUCACCCAGUUGAUAUCAUUGAUAACCUCCAGGCUCGUGUCAUUUCAGACAUUUUAGCUCAUGAGAAGGCGAUGGCGAGUCCCAAAAAGAAAUCCAAUUUUUCACUCGUUUUCCCCCACUCGCACAUCCGAUUUAUCAAUUCAUCCAUGUCAAUGGAUGAAGAUCAAUUGGGCAACUUCCGGGACCAGUAUGACUUGAAACUUACUCGUAUUCGCGCUACAUGCCGCACGGCUGUCGAAAGUAAACGGGAUGAUCACGUACAGCCUACCAAAACAAGUUUUGCCAUACAUGUAGCGGCCGAUUCCGUUUCACUAUCAGCUCAUGGAGAGAAAAUUGAAGCGCUUGAUCGGAAAGGCUUGGUCCACUGCACGUUGAAAAAUAUAAUUUGUUGGUCGGCGUCCGAACAAACCCAGCGCUCUCACAUUCAGAUUCAGGAUAUUGAAACAGUCACUUCAAGCAAGUCCGUUCAAGACUCGGCAUUCCUGAUCGACCGGACCACAAAGCUGGUCAACUCGAUUGUAGCCCCUUUCCAGGAAUCUUCCGCAGCUUAUACAAGACGGCUUCGCUGCUUGGUUUACACCCUUACAAAUCACGGUUCCCAAACUCCGGACCCGUUGUUUCUGACACGAACUUCCUAUGUUUUGCGAGCAGCGCAGGAUCAUCUGAGGCUUCAUGAUUCUUGGAAAAUUAUUUCUCGAUUGCGCAACAUCUAUAAUUACUUACCUGCGGGUCAAAUAUCGAAACUGACUUGCGAUUGCAAGGCCAAUACAAUUCCAUAUCCAUCAGACGCUCGAACUACUGUCUUAUCGAACUUUGACCGCUGGAGAACCUGGGACCUUGCGCACGUCAAGAAGAGCGCUGUGAUGAAAGUAAUUUGGGGGAACUGGGAAGAUGGAAACAACAACUUACAUAGGUCGGCAAACCAAUCCUUCACUUUGAAUAUGAACAAGAUAAGGUUCUGUUUAGACCCUGGUCCGAAGGAGAGCGAGUUGCUGCUCCAAGGCUUCUCGAGUUCGAUGAGCGUGGCAAUAAGUCCCAUGAAGCAACCAAGCGCGGGCGACUACCGCUCUAUAGCUGUGCAAACGUACUGCUCUAAUAUAUCUCUGGGACUUAAAUGGGAAAUUUGUGAGCUUGUUGAAGGCAUCGUUAAAAUGGUAUCAGGAAAACAGAAGGAGACAGGCGCGCCACGCGACGUAUCGCAUGAGGCAAAGCCCACCGCUAAGGGCGAUGAUAUUCACUUUGUUUUCCUGACUGAUGACGGAUCCGUUGUGAUUGACGGAAUCAACAUCAAUGUCGCUUUACGCGGAAGUGGUAUUAAGGGUUCAGUGAUUCACCAACCUUCUGGGCAAGAUUCAAGGAGUUCUACAAGUGUGGUUGUUAGCUCGGAUGAAUCUUCAGCGCAAUUCAGUAGUCGCCUAAAAGACCUGAUGAUUUGGAGACUCAUGUCCCCCAACGUUUUCGUAUCGCACACGUCACAGGUCAGCGGGACACGGAUUAAACAUGACUGGAAAUCCGCGGCUGCGUGCCAGAGGUUGCGCUACGAUAUGAACGAAGAUCCGCUUGGUAUAGUUCAAGUGGUUGAUCGAAUUGUCGAGGAUGAAGUUAAAUAUAUUAUGGGGUUGGUUUCCGUUGUCGAACCAUCGCAAACACAGCCCGAGGCACGACCCAACAUCCCCAGGAAAAAGAUCAUCCAUCGAUUUCACGUCGCAAUGUUUUUGGAUGACUACGAUAUACAAUUCUUGCUCCUUCCAUCGCUAGUUUACGCCAUUUCUGGGGAGGUCGCUCGACUAUCUAUUGCCCCAGCGAAAGGGUCCAAAUUAGAGCUUGACUUUGACGUGAAAAAUAAUUCACACAAGUUUUGGACAGACAACGAAAGAGACUCGAGUAUCAUUUCAGCACUUGAUAUCCCACCAAUCAACGGCCGUAUCAUGGUUGCUACACCUCCCAAUCGUACGUCCGUGGAUAUCGAUACAAUUAUUGAGCUGACCAAAGUCGAUGCGGGAGCCGUGCGGAACCUGCUCGGUGCAUUAAAUGGACCAGAAAUAUCUCAUUUAUUGGCAGACUUGGAGCACGAUACUCGGAUUCUUAUCCAGCACUUCGACCGUCUCGUUUCUCGCGGGCGUACUUCACCCAAAACGAAACCUUCUGACCGAGCCGCCCAUGACCUCGUAUAUAAAGUACGACUCACAUUGGCUGGUGUCGAUAUUUUUGCAACUGCUCCUGGUUUGAGCAGUAAGGAUUACUCCGCCGACAUGAACCUUACAGUCGGCUUGGUUCAAUUCCAUUUAGAGAAUGCCUCUCUCAGUGGACCCAUUCUCCAUCACCCUGAAUUCAACCUCUUGCUCUCUCGCAUUACUUUCGACCUCAAGAAACGCGACAAAGUAAACACACAACCGUACGGCAGCUUACUUCUCGACGCUCAGAUAUUCGGAACUUCAAAGAUAAAUGAUUACGGUGAUGUUGUGCGAUCUUACGACGUGGUCAACAACGGUUUACAAAUAGAACUAUAUGCUGAAACAGCAUCGAUGAUUGUUGACAUCGCCGCCCACCUCCAGGAGAGACUGAAGACUCUCGAUUUAUCCCAGGAGGUCAAGCACCUCAGGAAACUACGACUAAUAACUGCAACCGAAAAGAGACCAUCCAUGGAGGCCCGUGGCCAGCAACCCGACUCACAAAGUCUGUUCAAUGCUAUGUACUCCGUCGUCCUCGCUAAUAUCCAAGUGAGCUGGAUGAUUUCUACACCAGCCUCCUGCCACCAAGGUAGACAACCAGAGGACCUCGUAUUUUCCAUUCGCAAGGUAGAGCUAGCGACCAGAAGAAAAAGUGCCGCCCGUCUAAGAAUUGAAGAUAUGCAGCUUCAAAUGGUUCCUCUGCAGAUGGAUAAGAGGAAGCGGUCACGAAAUUCUGCCCUUCUACCCGAGGCCGUGUUCAAUGUUGCGUAUCUGUCCAAUGGAAAUGAGCGCCGACUGGCAUUCCAAGCGGCGGGUAAAGAGUUGGAUAUUCGAAUGACAUCAGAGUUCAUUCUGCCCGCAAGCAUUCUUCAAGAUUCGAUUGCAUUGGCUAGUGAAAAUCUGCGCAAAGCAAUCAGACUGUGGAGCGCGGCAAUCCCUCCGGAAAAGAAAAAGGCAAGCUCUAGCCCGAGAAUUGUUAGGCUCGCUUCUCUACUUAUCGAUGCAGAUUUCUCUGGGGCUGUGGUCAGUUUACAGGGCCGACAGGACGACAUGGCGACAAGUACAGUUUCACCAACGGCGCGAAGUAAUCGAACUGCUGGUGGAGGCAAGUACGGUCAGUAUAUCCAACAGGAUACUGAAACUACAGCAACACUCCGGGCUCCCGGGGUUGCAUUAAAGGUUCAAUUCGAAGACUCUGGAGAUGGAGAGCCUACGUUAAAUGCAGAAAUGAAGGUGGAUGCUUCCACCAAUGUCCUCCAUCCCACCUUUGUACCUCUAAUCACUCAGAUAUCUGAGAGUGUGAAAGAAAUUGUGGGAGAAUCAGACGGAUCAAAGGAUCUGUCCAGCAAAAGCCAGCCUGUCCAAGAUCAUUCCUUUGAGAAACCUCCGGACAAAAAUGACCCUACAACCAUCCUUGGACGGUGCAAGUUAAAUGUUGGACUGCGCAUUUGCAGGCAGGAAUUCACUCUCAGCUGCCAACCAAUCGCACGGGUUUUAGCAACUGCAUGUUUUGACGACAGCUAUAUUACAGUCAACACCGUCCAAUCGGCGGAACAGAGGCGUUUUUUUGCCAUGUCUUUGGCAUUUAACGCGUUACAGGCUUCGGUCAAGCAUGUUUACUCGAGCGAAUCCACUGCUAGCUUGACGGUUGACUCUAUUGUUAUGUCGAUGAUGAAUAGUAAGCACGUCAGUUCUAACAGCGGGAUUUCAGCAAUCCUGAAGAUCAGUCCUACGAAGCUUCAGGUAAAUGCCAAACAAGUCCAGGACUUUCUCCUGUUCCGUGAGAUAUGGAUUCCGCCCGAAGGUCCACCAAAAGGGCAACCAGUUAACCCCCAACCACCUGCGACUGACACGCAAGCAUACCUCGUGCAGCGAUAUCAGCAGAUGACUGCUACGGGCUCAUUCCCUUGGAAUGCAGUGAUUGCGAUAACGCAACUAGAUAUCUCCCUUGAUUUAGGCCAGACGUUGGGCAAAUCGGAAUUCACUAUCAAGGAUCUGUGGUUAUCGUCGAAGAAAACAUCUGAUUGGGAGCAGAAUCUCUGUGUUGGAUUUGAAGAUAUUGCUGUUGAAAGCAAGGGGCGACUUAGCGGCGCCAUCGGAUUGCAGGAGUUCAAGGUUCGAACUUCUAUUCAAUGGCCAGACUAUGAUCAAAAAUCAUACCAGACUCCCUUGAUCCAAGCAUCAGCAGGGUUUAAUCGGCUACAGGCUAAAGUGUCUUUCGAGUAUCAACCAUUUUUGGUGGCGGAUGUAACAUCAUUCGCGUUUUGCAUGUACAACGUUCGGAACACGUCUGCAUCCCAGAAGGACUAUCUCGUCAGCGUUCUCGAAGGAGAUAAUUUUCAAGUAUUAUGCACCUCAUUCACUGCCUCGCAAGGGCUAGCUCUCUACCAAACGCUCCAACGGUUUCUGCAAGAGAAACAGACUGCGUAUCAAUCCUCUUUAAAAGAGAUUGAAAGAUUCUUGCGUCGGAAAUCCACUAUCGGCUUUGGCGAUUUGCAACAAACAGUGGGUACUCCAUUGGCAAAGAAUGUCGACGAGGAUAGCCAGAAGAUGCCGAUAUCACUGCACACCGAGGUGGUGGUACUUCUCAAAUCCAUCCACAUUGGGGCGUUCCCGGGUACCUUCCACGACCACCAGAUUUUCAAGCUCGUAGCCCUAGAUGCCGAAGCACGUUUCUCCGUCGCAGCUGAGAAUGGACGAAUCCACAGCGGGCUUGGCCUCACACUGGGUCAGCUCAAGGUAGCAUUAUCCAGCGUCAGCCGGCCCGCGACAGCACAGGAACCAGCAACCGAGGACCUCUCGGUCCACGACAUUGUAAUGCGCGCAGAGGAAUCUCGCGGGGGGACCAUCCUCAACGUACCCCGUGUCAUCGCAAGCAUGGAAACCUGGCAAGCCCUCCACUCCAACCAGAUCGACUACAUCUUCAAAAGCUCCUUCGAAGGCAAAGUCGAUGUCGGCUGGAACUACUCCCGCAUAAGUUUCAUCCGGGGCAUGUGGACGAACCACACCAACACCCUCGCCAGCCGGCUGGGAAAGCCCCUCCCGCAGCCCACGGUGCAGAUUACGCGCGAGCGCGACGAGGGCGGCGAAGGUGGGAAGGAUACGGGCCAGGGGAAAAUCACUGCGGUGGUCAACGUGCCGCAGUCGCGAUAUGUGUAUACGGCGCUAGAACCGCCGGUGAUUGAGACGCCGCAGCUACGGGAUAUGGGGGAGGCGACGCCGCCGCUUGAGUGGAUUGGGCUACAUCGGGAUAAGUUGCCGCAUAUCACGCAUCAGAUUAUUAUUGUGACGCUAAUGGAGAUUGCAAAGGAUGUGGAGGAUGCGUAUACGAAGAUUUUGGGGUCGUCGUAGGUUGGGGGAUCGGUUUUUGCUUUCCACUUCCUUCUUGCUGUUGCCUUACUUUAUUGCCAUCUCGAGGGAAGGUCUCUUCUUUUCUUCUUAUUAUUAUUUAUUAGUUCAAUCCGUGUUCGUGUUUAUAUACCCUUUUGACUCAUUGCCUUCUUCGUUGUUAUUACUCCUACAUCUUUCCUUGUUGUUGAUGAUCUGUUGUUUCAGUUUCACUCUAGAUUGUUUUGGCUUAACAAUGGUUUUUAAUUUAUUCUUUCUCUACUUCUUUCCCCCUCUUUUCUUCUUUUUUGAGGAGCCAAAAAAUCAGGUGUUUUUAAUAUAAAACUAUACAUGUAUUUUCGGUAUUUUCGGGAUAGGGGCAUAGGGAAUAGGAAACGGGAGUUCGUUGUUUGCUAUAUUUCCUCUGGGCAUAGUGUCUAUUACUGUUUCUCUUUCUCCGUUCCGUUCCUCCUGCUUUAUUUAGUAUUUAAUAAGCUGCCACAGACUACGGAGUACCGUACCUCCGCUGCCAGGGUUGAUUUAUCAGCGGGACGAACAAUGAGUCUCUCUACUUCGUCUUUCGGUUGCCCGAAACAAAUAGCCUUGGAGGACAGUCAUAAUAAGAUUUUACCAACGAUUAUUAUAUUCAAAAUGAAGUAACUAUGAGUGGGAAAGGGAGAGUGUGGCAAUUUUACACGCGAGCGUGUGUGUAAGUACCACCGAGGUCACUCCCUGGCAGACGAGGGGCUGGAGGGAACCUUGCCAGUACCUACCUAAGUGGGUGAGUGGCUAACUUACGCAGGCAGUAAGUAAGCAGCCCCGCCAUUUUCAGCGAUUCCAACAACAGACAACAACAACAACAGACUGAUGAGAGAGAAAAAGGACAACCGAGUUGCUGUUAUUAUUAUUACUUACUACUACUCCGUCCGUACUACCUAUACGACGACAACAACUACUGGAAUGGGAGCAGAGUUGACUGAAGAACUGGUAACUAGAACUUAGAACUGGCAGAACGGGUGAGUGAGUUGCUUAUUAUUAUUUAGUUAACUAGUUGUCUAGGUCGAGCUAGCUCUCGAUUCUGUCUUGUGUGUUUCUUCUGCUGAUUCCCACUCUGCUAAAGGAUCAGAGUUAACCAAGGGAAAAAAAAAAAAAGAAAAGAAAAAUAUAUUCUUUAUCGCACAACCCCGCCUCUAGGGCCUUUUAACGAAACAAAUCCGUCAAGAUGGUCAAGUAC